AUGAGCAACGCCAAUCCUUACGAGAAUAACAAUCCGUAUGCUGAAAACUAUGAAAUGCAAGAGGACUUGAACAAUGCUCCUACUGGUCACUCAGAUGGCAGCGACGAUUUUGUUGCCUUUAUGAACAAGAUCAACUCGAUCAAUGCCAACUUGUCCAGGUACGAAAAUAUCAUCAACAGAAUUGAUGCGCAGCACAAGGACCUGCUGACCCAAGUGAGCGAGGAACAAGAGAUGGAAUUGAGACGUUCUUUGGACGAUUAUAUCUCUCAGGCCACAGAUUUGCAAUAUCAAUUGAAAGCAGAUAUCAAAGACGCCCAAAGGGAUGGCUUGCACGACUCUAAUAAACAGGCACAAGCUGAAAAUUGCAGACAGAAAUUCUUGAAAUUGAUUCAAGACUACAGGAUUAUCGACUCUAACUACAAGGAGGAAAGCAAAGAGCAAGCGAAGAGGCAGUACACAAUCAUCCAACCGGAAGCCACUGACGAAGAAGUGGAAGCCGCUAUCAAUGAUGUCAAUGGUCAGCAAAUCUUUUCCCAGGCGCUGUUAAACGCCAAUAGACGUGGUGAGGCCAAGACGGCAUUGGCUGAAGUACAAGCUAGACAUCAAGAAUUAUUGAAGUUGGAGAAAACAAUGGCAGAAUUGACCCAACUGUUCAAUGAUAUGGAGGAGUUGGUCAUCGAACAACAAGAAAACGUGGAUGUCAUUGACAAAAACGUAGAAGAUGCUCAGCAGGAUGUAGAACAAGGUGUGGGCCACACCAACAAGGCCGUUAAGAGCGCCAGAAAGGCAAGAAAAAACAAAAUAAGAUGUUUGAUCAUCUGCUUUAUCAUCUUUGCCAUUGUUGUUGUGGUUGUUGUUGUUCCGUCCGUUGUAGAAACGAGAAAGUAA